UCUUAUAAACCAUUGACGGCAGCAGCAGAAAAAUAUCAGAAAAGAAAAAAAAAACUACAGAAUAUAGCAAAGAAAAAUUUUCUUUAAUUUUUUCGUUUUUAAUACAAAUUAAAUUGUUUAAAUUAAACACAACUUUUACAAAUUGACGUUAAAAACCAAAUAGUAUAGUGUGCUUAAAAAAAUUAAAAGUGUUUAACCAAAUAAGAGGAAAAAUUACGGCAAACAAAAUAAAAUUCCAAUUUCGUAUUGAUAACAUAAUGUCGAAAGCUAAAAAACAAUCGCUGCCUGGUACAAGUACCACUGCGGCCGCUGAAACACAGGAGAUACUAUGUUACAAGCCAAAGGAUUUAGUAUGGGCUAAAAUGAAAGGUUUUGCUCCUUGGCCUGCUAUGAUCGUUGAGCCACCCCUAGAGUUGCUGAAUAAUACACACAAAAACAAUUCAAAAUGUGUAUUCUUUUUUGGUUCAAGAAAUUUUGCAUGGAUAGAAUUUAAUAAUAUCAAACCAUACGAGGGUCCAUGGAAAGAUCAGUUAUCGAAGUUAAAUAAACCUGCAGCAUUUCGUCAAGCUAUGGAAGAUAUAAAAAAUCACAUUGAUGAUCCUACCGAAAUAGAUGGCAUCAUUAGUAAAAGUACUGGCAUUAGGUCACUGCCCACUGAAGCUGAUUUUGAUAAAAUACGAGAUGGCUUCUCUCUGGAGGAGGAAAUCACCAUUGACACAAAUGCCAAUAAUGUAGACAAGAAUGGUGAGGCCUCGGCUCUGGAAGACGAAGAGGGAGGGGUUGCUGCAAAGACUCCUAAUAAGCGUACACCAAAAGCUAAAAGUACAGCUGCUGCAAGUACAAAAGCCAAAUCGACAACUUCGAAAUCAGCCACAAAACGCCGCGGAUCUGCACAGACGCCAGCCACAGUUGCAGCAGCCAGUUCAAAACGUAAACGCAAAGAUAGUGAAUUUCUUAAUGACAGUACAACACCCAGACGUAAAAUUAAUACAGAUGCUCUGGCUCACAUAGGAGGUGGAUAUUCAAGUCCCCCGCGUCGCAACAACAAUUCAAUCGCUUUGUUGGAACGCCCAACCGUCAAAGUGCCCGAACAACAGGCCAUCGACAUGAAUACACGUUCUCAGACACUGGCUGAACGCGAUAUAGCACCUUCAGAUUUAACAUUCGGAUUCCUCGGACUGGGCAUAAUGGGUUCUACUAUCGUCAAAGAUCUCAUUUGCAAGGGGCACAAGGUGGUAGUGUGGAACCGCACAAUGUCUAAAUGUGAACCAUUCAGGGAGGCGGGAGCUGUAGUGAAAGAUACGCCAAUGGAUGUAGUUGAUGCUUCGGACAUAAUAUUUUGUUGUGUGUCAGACCCCAAAGCCUCAAAAGACCUGGUCUUUGGAAAUUGCGGUGUACUGCGCGUGGCUGACUUGUGCAAUAAAGCUUAUGUUGAAAUGACUACAAUAGAUCCUGAAACCUCGCAGGACAUUGCUGAGGGUAUAACUCAAAGUAAUGGAAGAUACUUAGAGGUACAAAUACAUGGCACACGCCAAGAAGCUGAAGAUGGCAUGCUAAUAAUCUUAGCUGGUGGUGAUCGUACAGUUUUCGAAGAAUGUCAUUCCUGCUUUAAAACAAUUGCCAAAAAUACGUUCUUUUUGGGAGCAGAUGUUGGCAAUGCGUGCAAAGUUAAUUUGAUUCUACAGACCAUCUUGGGCGUUAGUUUAGUUGGUUUAUCUGAGGCCUUAGCAUUGGCUGAUCGUUUUUCAAUUUCCCUUAAAGAUAUAUUGGACAUAUUCCAACUGACGUCAAUGAAAUCAGAUCUAUUACUUGCAAAAGGAAGAGAAAUGGCAAAAGGAGACUUCAAUCCACAGCAACCACUGAGUCAUAUGCAGAAGGAUCUACGUCUAGUUCUGAGUAUGGCAGAAAACUUAGAUCAAUCGAUGCCCGUUACCGCAAUAACAAAUGAAGUUUUCAAACACACCAAACGAUUGGGCUACAGUGAACAUGAUUCCAGUGCAGUGUUUGUAAGAUCCAGAUUUUAACAAUUAGUUAAUACGGCGAUACUAUUUGACACAACAUUUACAACAACUACAACAACAAGAACAGAAAACAAUAACAAUAACGUUUAAACAAAAACAACAAUUUAUAUCAUUUAGUUUUAUAAAACAACAAAAAUCAUGGUAAAACUUAAAGUUUAUUUUAGGAAAAUAAACAUAAUUAAUUACUUGAAAUGUACAACUGAUUAAGGAGUUGGGCCCCCAAAGUCUAAGACCGUAUUCAGUAACACUUUGUCCCCACACCCCCAACUAUUCCCCUUGCUUCCCUUUUAUAUUAUUAUUUUUAUUAUUUCAUGUAUAGGAGACAAUUUAUAAGCUAUGAAAUAAUUAAGUUAAUAUUUUACACAAUAUUUUUUUUUCCUUGUUACUUUAGUAAAAAAGUAAUUUAUUUCAAAAGUAACUUAUUUUUAUUUUUUCUUCUAUAUUCAUUAAAACUCAAUUCUUGAAAUCAUUCGAAAAUAAUAAUAUAAAAUCAAUCCAUCAUCAUCAUAUUUAAUAAAUAACAAAGAAACGAGCCAAUCACUCGGUUUGCAAAUCCAAUGUUAAUCAAAAUGAAAUUACUACCAGUACUACACGCGCAACUACUAUAACAAAUGCUGGUGUUGUUACACCCAACGGUCACGUAGUCGCUCAAGAAGAUCCAGACGACGAACAAUAUGUAAUAGAUCUAGAAGAAGGAUUUUAUAAUAAAGCACCUAAAAAACAUCGACAGCUCAAGAAAAAACUUUUUUAAAAUUUUUAACUUUUUCAAAUUUAUCUCGAUCACAUUUUAAUUUAAUUUUUUUUAUAACGACAGGCGACUGACGACCUUAGUUUAAAAAAAUAAACUAUGUACGAAUAUUUUUGAGAUGUAAAUGUUUCUUAUUUGUCGCAUUUAGAACUUUACUGUGUAAUAAAUAAAUGCUACAAUAUCGUUUUUCUUCCCGCCCUCCAUCUUUUCAAAAAAAUAAAUAACUACAAAUGUUAUAUUGUAAUUUAUACUACAUAUAUAAACAAAAUACAAAUUGUUUAAUUUUUUAUUUGUUUUUAACUUUACUAAAAUAUUAAUGUAUUUUUUUUUUCUUUAAAUGCAAUUUAAUUUAUCAAUUAUAAAAUUUGAUAAAAAAAAAUUAUAUAAAUAAAUAAAAAAAAAACUGAAAAAAAUUAAGAA